AUGCGUGUGUCGCAAGCUUCCCUGAGCUCGAUGCUCGCCUUCUUGCUCGGCGCGAGCUUGACACAAGCUCAGUACCUGAUCAAUGAGCUCAGUUUUGGAUACUCGGGCAGCAUAUCGCCCAACAACGACGGCCAUAUCCCCAACUUUGUCCUUCAGGGCCAACCGAACCAGCCCGAGGUCCUUUCCAACAAGAUCAUUCUUACGCCGGUCGCGCCCGGGAACCAGCGCGGUUCCAUCUGGAGCACCCAGAAGGUGAUGCACAGCAACUUCAUCGCCGACAUCGACUUCCGCGCCAACGGCCCCGAGCGCGCAGGCGGGAACCUCAACAUCUGGCUCACCAAUGGCGGCUCCACCGACGUUGGCAUGAGCUCCGCCUAUACGGCGUCCCACUUCGAUGGCCUCGUACUCGUCAUCGACGGCCACGGCGGCACCGGCGGCAUGGUGCGCGGCUUCUUGAACGACCACUCUACCGACUACAAGGCCCAAAGCGACAUCAGCGCCCUCGCCUUCGGCCACUGCCAAUACCACUACCGCAACCUCGGCCGCCCCAGCCAGAUCAAGCUGCGCCAGACCGACCGCGUCUUCAAGGUCGAGAUCGACGGCCGCCUGUGCUUCGAGACCGACAAGGUCAAGAUUCCUCCCGGCUACACCUUUGGUAUCACCGCCGCGAGCGCUGACAACCCCGACUCGUUCGAGAUCUUCAAGAUGGUUGUCAUGUCCGAUAACCUGCACUCUAGCGACAACGGCCAGCAGCAGGCACACGAGCAAAAGGCCAACCAGGGCGAGCCGAGCAGCAAGAACCCGCGCAGUGGCAACCCUGACCCGGUUGACCUCGAGGAACUCCCCGACGCCAGCGCCGACUCCAUCACGUCGUCGCGAGCGCAGUUUGCCGACCUGCACAACCGCCUGCAGUCCAUCAACCACCAGAUCGGCACCGUCUUCCGCGCCAUCCAUCAAUACAGCCAGCACAGCGAACACCGCCACGAAGAGACGUCGCAGAUUCUCGACUCGCUGCGCCAGGAGCUGCGCAAGCUUGAGAAGAUGAAUGACCUCGACGGUCGCAUCAGCGGGCUGGAGCGCGAGGUCCGCGCCAUGCGUACCGACUUGAACCUGCAAAUGAAGAACAUGGAGCACUCCAUCAAGAACUACAUGAGCUACCACCAUGAAUCGCUGUCGUCCCACAUCGUCAAGGCUGCCCCCGGGCACGGCAAGCUCAUCGCUGUCAUUGUUGGGUCCCAGGUCGUCCUCGCUGUCGGGUACCUGCUGUACAAAAGGAGAAAGAACUCGAUGCCCAAGAAGUACUUGUAG